AUGCAAGAAACUCAUACAAUUGAUUCCUGGAAAAGAAAGAUGAAGAGGAUUGAUGGAUUGAGGCAACGCAACACUUGGGGGAUUUCACCCAGAGGACUUCAAAUUCUAGAUCUGCCACUGAUUUCAUCUAGAAUUACUACUUUUUUAGACAAGACUGAUGUCCGACAACUGAUACAAAGCAUCCUCCUCUUGGUUUUACCAAUUUUCUAUGGGUGGAUUGUCUUAUUGUUUACAGUUUAUAGAGCUAUUAAAAAUGGAAAGAAAUUCUUCAAAACUGAAAUAGUUGAUGCUCCAAAAGCUCUUUAUGAUCCUAAAUUGGGAAAACAUGGAUUCAUUGAACUGAAAAAUCAGGGCUUACGUCUCCAUUAUGUGGAAGCUGGAGAUAGAAAUAAACCAUUAGUAUUACUCCUGCAUGGCUUUCCAGAUUUUUGGUACAGUUGGAGACAUCAGAUCCCUAGAUUGGCUCAAAAAUAUUGGGUAGUAGCUGUAGAUUUGAGAGGAUAUGGAGAAUCUGAUCAUCCUUCAGAUGUGAAAGCUUACCUAAUUAAAGAAUUAUACGAAGAUGCCAACGAACUUAUUACAUCUUUUGGAAGAGAUUCAGCUAUAGUUAUUGGUCACGAUUGGGGUGGCAUAAUAGCUUGGUAUCUUGCCAUUUUGCAUCCUGAGAAAGUUAAGAAAUUAAUUAUCAUCAAUAGUCCUCAUCCAAGAGCUUUUUCUUCUGUUGUAAGAAGAAGCUUGAAACAAUUUCUUAUGAGCUGGUAUAUGUACUUCUUUCAAUUACCAUUUCUACCCGAGAUUUAUAUUCGAGCCAACAAUUUAUCUACUUUAUCAAAGAUAUAUCAGGGAAAAAACAAAAACCGUUGCACUGAUGAAGAACUGGAAUGCUAUAAACACGUGUUCUCCCAACCAGGUGCACUUACUCCUCCUUUAAAUUAUUAUAGAGCAAAUUUAAAAACUGUAGAUAAAAAUGAAAAAGACCUAACUGGCAAAGGUAAAGUGGAUACCCCAACUUUAAUAGUUUGGGGUGAUCGUGACAUAGCAUUAUCAACAGAUUUGGUUAAAGCUUCUAUAAAACAUUGCAACAAUUUGAAAAUAGAAAUGAUAGAAGGUGCUGGUCAUUGGGUACAUCACGAGAGACCUGAAACAGUUAACAACCAUAUUGAGAAUUUUUUGAAAAAUUAAUUUUCUACAUGUUGUCACAUAACACUUAUGUAAGGUUUUUUCUAGAAUUUUGAUAAUGUACAUUGCAAAAAUAUUUGUUUAUUAAAUU